CGGCACCCGAACCUACAAAACCACCCACCACUACACAGCACACACAAACUCUCUCAGCUCAGAGUGUCGGUCUGCUCUGCCUCUGCCGCUCUCUUACAAAAAUGGUGGCAUGCGAAUCAGCAGCAACUUGAAAACAAACACUAUUAAAAAACACAAACCAAAACCCUCCCUUUCUUUCUACCCACUACUGCAAAUUCCCUGUGCUUUUCUCUCCACUUCCACUGAGUCGUCGUCUCCUCAGUUCCAAGAACCCACUUAUUCCUUUUUCCCCUCUGUUGCAGCAAACCCUCCCCUCAAGCUUCCCUACGAUUUCACAAUUCCCGAUUGGGACUUCGUUUCUGUCAACUUCCCGGUGUUUCAGUCUCUGGGUACUCAUUUAAUUCCCCUCUAGAAAGCGACAAUUCCCGGCGAAAUGCAUUCGGCGAAAUCCGAGUCGGACAUGACGAGCCUGGCCCCGUCGUCGCCGUCGAGGUCGCCGAAGCGGCCGGCGUACUACGUGCAGAGCCCGUCGAGGGACUCGCACGACGGGGACAAGUCGUCGUCGAUGCAGGCGAGUCCGAUGGAGUCUCCCUCCCACCCGUCGUUCGGCCGGCACUCGAGGAACUCGUCGGCGAGCAGGUUUUCCGGGAUAUUCAGGUCGUCUUCUGGGAGGAAAGGCGGGAGGAAGAGGAGCGACAACCCGCAGAAGGGUGGGUGGAAUGAGAAGGGUUGGCCGGAGUGUAAUGUGAUAAUGGAGGAAGGUGGGUAUGAGGAUGACGAGAAGGCGUUUGUUCGGAGGUUUCAGUGUUUGAUUGCUCUCUUCAGCUUCGUCCUCUUGUUCACCGUCUUCUGCUUGAUUAUUUGGGGCGUUAGUCGGCCUUACAAGGCACAAGUAUCGGUCAAGAGCUUGACAGUGCACAACUUCUAUAUCGGAGAAGGUUCAGAUUUCUCAGGCGUGACAACAAGGAUGCUCACAGUCAACGCGUCACUGAAGAUGAGCAUAUACAACCCUGCCACCAUCUUCGGCAUCCAUGUCACCUCCACACCGAUCAAUCUCAUUUACUCCGAGAUCCCAGUUGCAACUGGCCAGGUGAAGAAAUACUACCAGCCAAGGAAGAGCAGAAGAACAGUAACGGUAGUGGUAGAAAGCAACAAGGUGCCAUUGUACGGGGCCGGAUCGAGCUUGAUGGCAGCCGAGACAGCUGCUGUUCCAAUGAAGUUGAAGUUUGAGUUGAAGUCGAGGGGAGACGUGGUGGGGAAGCUGGUGAGGACUAAACACAAAGUUCAGAUUACUUGUCCUGUGGUUCUUGAUGCGACCAGGACUAAACCCAUCAAGUUCAAGAAGAACUCCUGCACAUAUGAUUAAAGCUAUAUGUAUAUAGCAGUGUGUGUUGUUUUUUUGUCUUGUUUUAAAGCUUUGAAUUCUGGGAAGCGUUGAUGUAUAUCUUCCGCAAGGAAAUAACCGUGGAAGGGUUAUGUUGUGCUGCUGUUGAGUGGAGAUGGUUUUCGCUGUGUAUAAACCUGCUAGUCUCUGGUUUUUUUCCCCGCAAAUAAAAUGUCAAAGCUCCACCUCUGUAAUUUGGGAGGAAGGUUGAUACCAUUCUACAAAUUCACCGCUAUGCUUGUUCCUUAAGUUAAAUACAGAGCAGAGUUAGGG